AAACAGUUGUUGUCCCAGGGCAGUGGCUCAUCAUUGUCCAGAUGAUCAAACAUCGACCGUUGUCGUCCUCGAGUUGGAAUGCACCAUCAGUUUCUUCCUCUCCUUACUCGCUCCGGCAAUCUGCAACUGUCUGCAAUUGUUCCUUGGUCCACGAACACAUGAACAUGGGUCGACGAGCUCGCGGCUUAAUGAAUGGAUUGGCGCCAUGCAAGUCAGUUUAACUAGACAAGCCAUCCCGGCAUCCUUUCCGGUUACACUUAUGCAGCUUUUCCAAAGCGUCCUGGUUUCACCUAGCCUCGGUCCCUCCGCGCGAAGAAUGACGGUCCUCCUCAUACCCGAUUUGCCAACCGCAGACGAGAAAACAGAAAUACAAUCAAUCACCUCCUGCUUGAGCGGUACCGAUCGCACAGUCCACGGCCCUGUGCCUGGAGACCAGCUCCAACUAUCUUCCUCCUAUCGCCGUCGAGCUCAUCCCUCCAGACAAGAUCUUUCAUCUUUCUUCGUGCCCCUCGAGCGGUCCCGCAGGCUGCCGGCCAGCACAUCAGACCAAACUGUUACGCGAGGAUACCUCAUUUUUCCAUGGGGGAUCCAGAUGCUGCAAACUCAAAAGCGUCCAUCAUCCUAACCGCCCAUGCGGGGUUAAAUGAGCAGUCACCAAUGCGAGCUGUCUAUCAGUUUGCUGCUGCUUAGGCGAUUGGAAAUGUCGUUUCCUCCUUUCCUUCUGACCGUGAUGGUCACCUUCUUACAGAAGAAUAGCGGCAAUUGGGCUCUAGCUUGAGAGGCCAAAGAGAUCCCUCGUUCUUCGCCUACUCGGCCCAUCUUCUCCUCCCAGGGGAUCCGGCAUAUAGAUAGAUCUGUCGUCCACCUCCCUCCGUGCUUCGAGUGAUCUUGUACAACACUCCAAUUUUGACAUGUGGUUAUAGACUCUCUGACUGCUUUGGGCACCUAUUCUCGAAAUGGGCAGAGAAAACGUCGAAUUCAAGACCGCGGAUCGGGUCACCUUGAGAGGAUGGUUCUACACCAGCGACUCGGCUUCCGGGAAAGCACCAUGCCUCGUCAUGUCCCACGGCUUCACGGCCCUUAAGGAAAUGGACCUUGACGCCUUCGCGGAACAUUUCGUGUCCAAACUGCCCAUCACCUGCCUGGUCUACGACAAUCGCGGCUUUGGUGACAGCGAUGCCGCCGAGGGGGAGCCGAGGAGUGAGAUCAUCCCAAUGACCCAAUGUAGCGACAUCUCCGACGCCAUCACCUAUGCCUCGACAAGGCCUGAAGUCAACCCGGACAAGAUUGGAAUCUGGGGUUCGUCAUACAGUGGCGGCCACGUGCUAUACGUCGGGGCCGUGGAUCGAAGAGUCAAAGCCGUCCUCAGCCAGGUCCCUUGUGUCAGUGGAUGGGACAACUUCAGUCGCCUUGUGCGUCCAGAUUUUGCGGUCGGAUUCAAUGCGAUCUUUGCUGCAGACAGGAUUGCUCGAGCUGAGGGAAAGGAGCCGGGAUUUGUUCCUGUGGUGGAUGCCGAUCCUUUGAAGCCGUCCGCUCUACCCACUCCAGACAGCUACGAAUUCUUUUCCGCAUGGGAGAAGAAGUCUCAGUGGAAGAAUACUUGCACUGUGAAGACCGUCGAGCUCUUCCGCGCUUAUGAGCCGCAGCAACUCAUUGACAAAAUCGCGCCAACACCACUCCUCAUGACAGUUGCGAGCGGAGACGUACUUACGCCAUCAGACCUUGCUCUCGGGGCUUUCGCACGUGCAAAGGAGCCGAAGCAACUGCAACUUUUGCCUUGUGGGCAUUUCGAGGCGUACUCCGGCCCAUAUUUCGAGAGGAAUGCUGGAACCCAGACUGAAUUCCUCAAGAAGUGGCUGGUCGAAGGUGGAUGAAGGAGCUGGCGUGAGCUUUGAGGGAUUGACUCGGUAGAUGGAUAAUUGGACAUAUGGAAUCUUGUGUUCUGUGGUUCUGUUCGACCAUUUAGGACUCUCCCUUCUCGGAUCGAUUGGAUAGAUGAUGAAUAUCUUGUAUUGCUCUGAUGAAUGAGAGAGUCAGAUGCACCAAGCUGAGCACCUUUAACCGGUUUCAUGUAUUUUGACU